UGUGGACUGUUUCUAUUUAAUUAUGCUUCUUGAGUGAGGUUAAAGUGCUGAUUAAAGCCUGAUGGGUCUCAGGUGUGCUCCACUUGGCUCAUGCUGACAGAGGAACACCAAACCAUGCCUCCUUUCUCCGGUUACCUCAUGUUUGGACCUUUGUUUUGUUUAAACCUGGUUAGAAGCUUCACUCAUCAAACCGAACCUCUCCAUGCACCUCACAAUGGCGAGGACCAGACUCUCGUGGUGACGUGUCACGAGGACAGCAUGGAGGUUCUGAUGAGGGCUCGUCUGUUAGGCUCCAGGUUAGCGGUGGAGCUGGUCGGGAUGAGACUCGGAGCUGAUGGCGCUGCAGGAGGUGGAUGCUCCACCUGGCUGUCAUCUGAUGGAGACUUCGUCAUCUGGGCUCCUCUGGCGGGGUGUGGGAGCAGAGUGAUGUUUACAGAGACCGAAGCCCUUUACACCAACCUGCUCCUGUUGUAUUUUACUCCACCAUCAGAUGGUGGUGCUGGUCGGCUGGAGGUGGCAGCAGUGCCCGUCAUGUGUAAACACAGAAGGAGGUUUGCUGUGAGCAGCGGAGCUCUGAGGCCGACCUGGACUCCUUUGGUCUCCAUCCGGUCAGCUGAUCUCAGCCUGGACUUCCAGCUGAGACUCAUGACAGAUGACUGGAGCAGAGAGAGAGCUUCCCCCGUUUUCUUUAUGGAUCAGACGGUGAACAUGCAGGCCUCUGUGGACCAUCAUCACCCUCCUCCUCUUCAUCUGUACGCAGGCGGCUGUGUGGCCACUCUGACUCCUGAUGUGAACUCUCACCCAGCGUACCCCUUCAUAGACCGCCAUGGAUGUUUCACAGACUCCCGGCUGAGCAGCUCCGGCUCACGUUUCCUGCCCCGAAUCCGGGACGAACUCCUCCAGAUUCAGCUGGAGCCGUUUUUCUUCCAUCAGGACAGCAGACACACCAUUUAUAUCACUUGUUACCUGGAGGCUGUGAUCGUUUCUCAAAAGGAGACAAAGAAAAAGGCGUGUUCUUUUAUAAAUGAGAGGUGGAGGUCCGUAGAUGGUGACGAUAAUGCAUGUGAGAGCUGCAACAGCGCAGAUGAAUUCAGCCACAAGGGGGCGCAAAGGAGUGAAAGAUCAGUUGGAAUAAAUGAUCUGCACCAAGGGACAACUCUGGGUCCAAUCGUAUUCCUCCCAAAGCGAGCUGACUCCACUGAGAAUGUGACAUGAGGAAGAUUCAUCUAUCAAAGACAGAAAAGGAGGAAAAUAAGUAUUUGUUACUGUGAUAUUUACAAUUCAGGGUUAAUUUAUUGUGUAAACAGCAUGUCUGAUGUACAGUUGUGUCACCUGAAACUCAUAUGUCUCAGUAUGAUUGAGUCGGACGAAGGAAAAGCAGAAAGAAUAGUAAAGCAUCAGAAAUGCUUUGUGUUUUCAGUUAUAGUUGUUUGCAGCUGCAGGUGGCACAUUUUUGUUCACCAACAAACAUUUUAAUGCUCAGGAUCUGCCUGAUUAUGUUUGAUCAUAAUAUAACUGGUGCCAGUUUAGAUUAACUGAACCAGUAUAAGGUUAAGUAAAAUUAUUAGAGCACUGAAAUACAUUUUUACCAAGUAACUACCUUUGUUUGUUGUUGAAAUAAAAGUGUGUAAGGAGGGGUAUGUAAUUGAUUUUUGUUAAAAAAAAAAGCAUUUCCUUGGAGGGGGUGUGGCCUAAAACAUAUUCUGCAGCCAUCCACCAGGGGACGAUCUUCAUUCAUGUACGGUUGUAGUCAUAUAAACACGCUUCAACUUUAA